AUGCCGAAACCCAGCUUUCCGCCGACGCCAGCAGCAAGCCUCGACAUCACAGGCGACAGCAGCGCAAAUGCCCCUCGGUUGGAGAACGGCUUCACACUCCCUCCUGCGGCUUUGGGUGGUGGUAGAGGCAGUGUAGCUAGCUCGUCCGGACCGUCUGAAAAUGCCUCAGAUUCCUCCUACCGACCUAUCUCGCCAUCGUCCCCGGUCGCGAGCUCCAAACCUAGCCAUGCGCGGAAACGCUCCAGUACCACUGCCCAACAGGGUAGUGUCGUCACCAAAGACGAUUACUCUCUCCCCCCUCCACCAACAAGGUCUCGCAAGAUCAUCCAGAUGAAGCCGAAAGAUCAAGAACCGGCCAAGCCGGCACAGUCGCAGAACACCAAAAGUCAAGCGCCCGCAAGCACAACAAGUGGCACCAAAAGGAAACAGGCGAGCAAUACCAAUGCCGCCGGGCGCAAGAUCGCCAGGAAGACGGCGCAUAGCUUGAUCGAGCGGAGGCGGAGGUCGAAGAUGAAUGAGGAGUUUGGGGUACUCAAGGACAUGAUUCCGGCCUGCCGGGGCCAAGAGAUGCACAAGCUGGCUAUACUUCAGGCCUCGAUUGAAUACAUGCGAUACUUGGAGCAAUGCAUCUCAGACUUGAAGUCUGCGCACUCCCGUCGUGAUUCGCCCUCGUCUGUCGUAUCAGUUCCACCUCCACUCCGGCGCAUACAAGACGACGACGAGGCAGACGAAGACGACGACGAGGAUGAAGAAAUGGAAGACGCAACAUCCCCAACGCACGUCGCCAGUGCCGUUCAAAAGUCGGUGUAUACCUUCGUGAACCCCUCACCAUCGCCAGUCAUAUAUCCCUCAGACCGAACCCCGUUCUCGCUCACAUCGCCAGCACUGAAGCCUCAAGCCGAUCGCGAGGACCACGAGGCGACGGAAGCCUUGCUGAUGUUGAACACAGACCGCAGAAGCUGGAGUGGAGCUCGAGGCAUGAGUGUCAAGGACAUGCUCAGUGGAUAA